AUGGCAGCCGCAGCCAAUGUGCCCAACGAUUGGGAUAAUGCUGAAUUCAAUGGGCAAUAUCAAGCUUUUUAUAAUACCGAGUCCUUCAACUUCGACCAGUACAGGCGACGGAUUCCUGCCCAUAAGGUCCCGCCAACUCCGCAAGAUGUAUUGAAUAUGAACUAUCCACACCAAGGUAACCCACAGGUUAACUUUGGCUAUUCAACAGUGGGGCCAAAUACCAUUGUGGCGUCAAAAUUUUGCUAUUACUGGUACUGGCCGACUUCCGCACAGGGUCCGGCACCAGCUCAGACAGGAUGGAAAUUACAGAACGCCUUAGGUUACGGAAGCUUUGGUAUUGCUGCUCGUUUCAGACGCAUUCCGUCUAAGAAUGACCUAUGUCGGGAUGACGCCGAUUAUACCGUCAAGUUUCAACGAAAUGUUGUAAACGGCUUCAGGAAGUUUCAUCGUUCGAUACGGCAGGAGAGAGUCAUGCACAGGAAAGUGAAUAGAUCAGCGCAUUGCGUCAGACUAUUUGAACCAACAGAUUUAUUUGAUGCGCCAGAGAUUGACCAGCUUGAUUGGGAUUGGGUCGUCGCAGGCAGCAUUGAUGAUUCCAGUGGGAUGGAGCAGUCAAGUGGAGAGGAAAGUCAAAGCGAAUUUCAGAUAGAUCGAAAAAUAAAUAAUCGACGGGCAAGGCGAGAUGCACGACGAAACCGCAAUGGACAUAAUCACGCCCAGGCCAACCGGAGGCCACAAAUAAUAGAAGCCGCCAGACGUAACCAUAGACGCAUGCGUCGAAUGCAGCGAGAAGGUUCCCGUCUUUGGGACUUCAUUAUCAUGGAAAGCAUGGUCGGCGGUGAUUUAGGCACACUCACCGAAAGAUUGUCACAGCACUCAAUCCAGUAUCCGGGAGUAGGCGGGAGAAUUCCUAAUCGAGUCUUGUGGUCAUUUUGGCUCUGUCUUGUGCGAACAUGCGUCGCCAUGGAAUACCCCCCACGAAAGUUUCACCCAAACAGAAACGAUCCGACCACCAGGCGUAAGACCAUUUAUAACUACCGGCGAGAGCCCCGGCACUUUGAAGCCUAUAACACUAUAAAGAACGACUUGAUCGAGAAUGUCCCUCAAAGUUAUUUGGCAAGAAGGCGAAGAAGUAAUUUCGUCCAUUUUGAUAUUGAUCCGUCAAAUAUUUUCAUCGGCCAAUUGGAUCCCACAAAUGUCAGAAACAUCGACAGGGAACCUGGAGAACAUCUCUUGGUUCCAGCACUUAAAAUGGGGGACUUCGGAUUAUCAGAUAUAAUCAAGUUUCAUAAACGCGAGCGCGCCAGGGGGAAACAAGGUUUUUAUGCACCUGAACAAUUCGGGAACGAAUGGGAUUAUAGUACGUUUACCAUCGUCACCCAACUUACAAAUACCAUAACCCACGGGCCAUACCUAAAUAAUGCCCUAAUAUCUUACAAGAAGCAGAGUCCCUAUUGGGCAUUCGUGAUGGAGCAGGUUGCUGACGAAAGAAAAAAAUUAGUUGAUUCUGAACGAAACGGAACUGCACUGGCGCAGUCAACUCAGGCUGGCUUUUUCGGUCCUCACACAAACGUCUGGGGAAUAGCAUUGGUGAUGUGGACUCUCAUUACCAAGUUAGAGCCGCCUGAACCACCGACGCCGCAGGUCCCUGCCGCGAUAUACGACGCUGUAAUAACUGCACUCCCACAGGGGUUUACUCCGGAUCAACUGCACGCAGCAGUCCAAGCGCACAUGGCCACCCUACCUGCCAACACCAACAUUUCCUACUGCCCUCUGAUUCUCGAACCGGGUAACGAUACUUACAACUGGGUCGACCGGGACCUUCGACAGGCCGUCUACGAAUGGUUAAGAGGUCCGGAUGCACCUGUCCUUAGGGGCGGCGGCGACGCCGGUGGAGGAGGAGGUGCAGGUGCAGGACGACGAAUUAGAAAACUAAGAGCCAGAAAGACCGCUCAAACUAACAAUAACGAUGGAGGUGGAGGAGCAGGCGGAGGAGGAGCAGGCGGGGGUGGGGGUGGCGAUGGCGGAGGCGGCGAUGGCGGAGGGAACGGAGGAGGAGGAGGGAACGGAGGAGGAGGAGGGAACCGUGGAGGAGGUGACGGAGGAGGUUGGGGUGCAGGACCGUCACUCAAACAACCAAGUCCCAAAAAGACCCCGACAACUAAUAAUAACGACGGAGGAGAUGGAAAUGGGAUGGUAGCCAGUAGUCUUGGUGGUUUUAUUGGGGGGCCAGCUGCAAAGAGGCCAGGACAGCCAGGAGGCGGUGAUUUUAUAAAUAAAAGAAGACGUGACACAUCUGACGGCGGCUCACAACAACGACCACGUGGGAAACGACGAACUGGAGGAGAUGGAGAUAAUGCAGGAGUAGUACCACAACCCGCAGGUGGAACAGCACCAACAGUACCAACAGUGCCGCCAGUAACGCCAGUACCGCCAGUACCGCCAGUACUACCAGUGCCAACUAUGCCAACAGUGGUACCAGCGCCAACAGCGCCGCCAGUACCAACAGUACCAACAGCGCCAACAGUGAUACCAGCGCCGCCAGUACCAACAGCGCCGCCAGUGCCAACAGCGCCAACGGCACCAAAAGCGCCGCGAGUACCGAAAGCGCCGCGAGUACCGAAAGCGCCACGAGUACCAAAAGCGCCACGAGUACCAAAAGCGCCGCCAGUGCCAACAGCGCCGCCAGCGCCGCCAGCGCCAACGGCACCAAAAGCGCCACGAGUACAGAAAGCGUCACGAGUACAGAAAGCGCCACGAGCACAAAAAGCGCCGCGGACCGCAGGCCAAGGAGGACAACGCGGAGCAACGAAUGAUCCCCUGGUUCAAGCCGCCUUUCCGAAUAGCUACUAUCUCAUCCCAAAUAAUGUAAUGAUGAACGAAUGUGGCUUGACAGCAGUCUCUGAUAGCCUCAGAUAUCAGUACGGACAUCUUGCGAUCCCAAUUCCUGAUUACAAUGCCCUCUACGCCAUAUUUAGGACCUUAGUACAAGCUGGCGAGUUCAACGCCGUAUUAGUAGCGUUUCCAAAUCUCGUUACGCGCCCCCACGAAGGACCAGACAACAUAGACAUGAUUGCAAGAGUCCUAAUAGAGUGGGGUCGUCAGCAUAAUCUAGACUUCUCUUUACACGCUGCUCGCAGUAGCGGCGCUGCCUCUCUAGUAGUCGGCUCAGGAAGCAACACGGCCUUGCCACUUUGGAUUUAUAACUAUGAGCAAAACGCGGGUGCAACCCCAAACUUGAGUGGCCAUUGGGUGGGGAUGCGGCGUAGAUAGCGGUACUUCUAUUAGGGGUUCUGUAACAGUAUCUUGUAUAAUAAUUUUCAUAUUCUCUCAUUAGGAAGGCAAUAAUCUAGUUCAAGUUCUAUCUUCAACAUUACAAACCAUGACGUAUAUAUACCGUCCCCGUGUAUAAGAUGUCAAAGCUUGUGGCCCUGCUCCCCAGAAGAAAUAAGAAUUCAUAAACCGUACAACGUUAGGUU